UUCAAAAACAAAAAUCCCUCUGAACACAACGCCGUUUCAGCGGGCACAAAAUAUAACCUACACACACUCCUCCGCGCGAGACACAAACUAAACCAACCAUGGAAGAAAACCCCACCGCCAUCAACGGCGGCGCAAUUCUACACUUCCAAUCAAAACUCAGCUACGAAGCGAAACUGAAAGAACUACUUCACAGAAUCACCUCACCAGAGAUAAAGCUAUGCUCCGACGCCACAAAGGAGUUCAAAAAGCUCUUAAAAAGCGACGACGGAGCAAAACUUCUCCGCGAAUACGUUCUCGGUUCUCCGAAAUGCUCCGAGUUAUUAGAAGCUUGGAAGUUAAGACAAGCAAAACAAGGUUUGCAUUACGUUUUCGAGUUAAUCUCAACAUUACUCAGUCAUUGUGACGGUAAACAGAAACUUCACAAAUAUCACAAACAAGGUUUCAACGAUGGUGAGAGUGCGUGUGUUGCUAGGGAUUUGGAUAAAUUCGCACGUUUGAUUCUUGCGGAAUAUUUGAAUGAUUUAUAUAAGGAGUUGAAUAGUAAGGAAUUGAAGCGUCAGAAAGCGGCGUUGUUGCUCGCGGCUUCAAUUGUUCGGCGUGGACCGAGUUUAGCUUCGGAGGUGGCAAAGAUAUUUGAUUUCAAGGUGGCUGGGUUCGUGGCGUUGGCGAAGAGGAGGAAGGGAACAAAUGAAGGGAAGAGUGAGGUUUUGUUGAGGAAGUCGUUUGUUGGAUUUGCAAUGUCGUUUUUGGAGGUUGGAAAACCGGGAUUGUUGCGUUGGAUUUUGCAGCAGAGGGAGAUGUAUUCCGGUGUGCUUCGUGGAUUGGAGAACGACGACGAUGAGACUGUCGUUUUUGUUUUGUCUACUUUGAGGGAUUGUGUUCUUGUGGAGGAGUCUUUAGUGCCGCCGGGGUUGAGGAGUGUUUUGUUUGGGAGUGUUACUUUGGAGAUUUUGGUUGGUAUUUGUGGGAGGGAAGGUGGUGGAGAUGCUGCUCAAAUUGCUUUUGAUGUUCUUGUUUUGGUUUGUACCGAUUCGAGUAAUGGAUUGAUGCCAGAUUCGAAGAAGCGACCAUAUCCGUUGAAGGGUAAUAUAAAGAGGAUGAUGGAUUUGUUGAAGAAGUUGUGGCCAACGGAUGUUCAGUAUCAUAAGGAUUUACUUUUGGCUAUUGUCAAUGCUAGACCUUCUUUUGGUUUGUCUUAUUUGAAAGAGUUUCCUUACAAUGUUGAAAACUAUAAAUCAUCUUCAUGGAUUUCCGCGAUAUCUGUGGCAGCUGAUCUGAUUUCUUCAGUCAGCAGUGGAAUUUCCAAGGAAUUUGAUAAUUCCCGAUCAAAUGGUCCUCACUCGAUUGACAACAUGGAUUUACUUGACAUUGUGAAGUGUUUAUUUCCUCGUCCAUUCAGCAGGUCAAUGUUUAAUAAAGGGUUGCAUCAUGCUAACUCUGUUGUGAAACACGGUACUCUGAGGCUUCUUCUGGAGUUAUUGAAACUGCUGGACUCUCUUUUUGGUAGUUUGAACCAUAAUUCUAGUUCAGGCAAUCCAUUAAUGCAACCUAUGGUGUCUAUCAAGCAAGAAAUCCAAAAUUAUGUUCAAGCUUUUCUUCCUGAUCUGCAGGUUUUAUUAAAUUUACUCUCCUCUUUAGAUGCUUCUCAUGAAGCCCAUAACUCAAGUUUGAAAAGAAAUGCAUGCCAUCAUGAACAUGAUGGGAAAAGUAGAAAGAAGUUAAAAAUGGAUACUUCUGAGAAUGACAUAGAUAUAAUUGUUGGCGGGAUAAGUUCUGCUCCAGAUAUUGAUUUAACUGGUAACAGUGGAACAGUUGACGGUGGACUUAAAGAAGAUGUGCUGGAUGAUACAGAGGAUAUCUUGAAUAGCAUUGGCGAAUUAUGGGGUUUGGACGUUCAUUCCAUGGAUAUUAGCUCCCUGAAGGAUGCAGAAUCAUACUUGCUGUCUAAACUGCUUGAUGCUCUCAGAUAUUACCAUCGGACUUUGCCUUCCACUUUGGAUCAUUCCAUUGAUUCUUUCAAAGGUCUUCUUAAAAACCCAUUAGAGUUAAAAAGUCAUCUGCAAGUCUCCCUUUUGUCUUUGCUUGCAGAAUACAUUCAAUGGUGUCCAGAGAAUGAAAUUCCUGUAAGAACUCCAGCCAUGUUGUACAAAUAUCUACAGCCAUUCAUCAAAUUGUUUAUGUUUUCACCAAUCAACAAGGCAAGUUAUCUGGCAUACAGGUUGGCCAUGGCAGCUAUGUUCAGUACUGGUGCUUUUGACAGGAACCUUCAUGAGAUACAUGCAUGGUUUUUGUUUUUACCAGGUUAUCAAAGGGAGAAAUCUCCUGUCAAUAUCUUGGAGGUGGAAGUCUUACAGAGCUUGACUUCGUUUGUCAUAACAUUCUUAUGUGACGCUGUUUCUACACUCGGGAAUAAUUUAGUCAAAUAUUGGAAUAUCCUUAAAAAUCAUGUCAAUUAUUUGGAAGGUGAUAAAGAAUUAUCACCUGAUGUUAGUCCUUUUAUCAUAUGUGUACUGGAGAAGUGUCUAAAGGUGAUCCGAUCUAAAUCAGGAACCUGCUCAUCGCCAAAAAAAUCAAUGGUAUUAUUAUACACUUGCAAUACAGUGAAAUAUAUCUUGCAAACACAGGUCAAUGCUGAAUUGUUAUCUUCUGUAGUUAAUGCAGACUUGACUGAGAGACUUGGCGGCAAUUAUGAAUAUGAUGAAGUCUUUCCUGAGUGGAAGCCUCUGAAGAACUUGUUAGACUUUGUGGAGGGCAUACCACACCGACAAAAUUGUUGCCUUUUCACUGGAAAAAAAGAAUCUGUCCUUCCCGAUGGUUCUUUGGGAAGUGCACUUGGUGAUGUAAAUAGAUCAUUAGGUGGAGAGGAUGGUCACCAGAUGGCUGAAACAACUGUAGCUUUCAUAUCCUCCAUUGUAUGUGAAAAUACUGAUAAAAUAUCCAUGAAUCUGCCAUCAAGCUUGGUCAUUUCACGUGACUUACUUGGUGUUCCUUUCUCUCUCAUGUCAUCUAUAUUUUUUCUUGAUUAUAGUGUUCUUGUCCAUGCUUCUAAGAUGUGGCCUGUGAUGUUUUAUGCUGGCUUGGAUACAGCCAUAUCAAAUCUGGGUAGUGAUAGUCAAAAUGCUGCUCCUAUUGAGACCUCUGAUCUUACAUUGUGUCCAGACUCUCUAACUUGUAGCCAACUUUUAGAUGCUUCCGAAGCUGAUGCUACUGCAUUUAGUAUCCUUCUAAAACAGACACCUUUCCAUGUGAUAUUUCCUGCAAUGAUGUGUAUGAAUGUUCCAUACUCAUCUAAAUUUUCUAAGAUGCAAGAACUUCUAAUUCAUAAAUUAUGUGAAUCCAUAAAUGAUUGCUCACUCCUUCCCAGUCUGCAUCUUGUGCUGUUCUGGACUCAUCAGAUUCAGUUAAGUCAUAAAGUUAUACCAUCAGCUGAAAUAGAACCACUUUUGAAUCUGUGUGUUAUUCUUGUACAGAACUUAUUGGCUAAAUUAUUGGUUCCAGAAAGUGGUUCUGACACGUCUAUAAAAGACUCCGCUUUCUCGUCAUCAAGCCAUUACAUUCAAGAAGUGAUUAAAGCUAUUUUUUGUCAUCCUUCUGUUUUGAUGUCAUUAUCCUUUUCAUUGGGAAAUAGCCCGAACAUUUCAAAUGGAAAUACAGGGACCAGCUUUGAUAUCCUAAAUGUAAUAUCCAGUGAGGGGUUUAAAAAAUUUGGUAAUCCAAUUUUAAACAUAUUGACAAUGGCGCUAGACAACAUGUGGUCAUUAUUUGGUCUCCACCUUUGUGGAUCAAAAGCUCAAGACGUUGCUAAUAAUUUUUUGAAAAUCUUUAAAGGUCUCCAACAGAAGCUGUUUCUGGAUGUCAAAGACCGAUUUGAGCUGUGCAUUGGUACUAAAGAUAUGGUGCCUCUCCUUCCAACACUGCAUGCCUUACACACUUUGCGUCGGUUUUUAUCCCCUUUUCAGCUCCUUGAAUUAGUAGAUUGGAUGUUCAAAAGAGUUGGGAUGGAUGAUUUGCCAACUAAGAUAUCCUUUGUAUCUGUUGGAUGUUCCUUAGCUGCUGUUGCUUUCAACACUUUGUCUAUUUAUUUUCAGCAGUCAAGUGGAAACAGGGUACCAUAUGAUUUAUUUUGGGAAAUGGGCGAAAACAAUGUCCAAGCCGAUAUUUUUGAGCAUAUCUAUGGUAAGGUAGUUGAAUUUUCUCUAAAAUUUGAAAUAGAUUGUGCAGAUAGCUGCUUGCAUGAAGCUGUCAAUGCCUUGUAUAAUCAGAAAACUAUGCAACAAGAAACUUUUCAUCCUUUACUGUUGGUCAUGUGGAAAAUUAUAAUGAUUACUCCUGUGAAAAUGCUUUCUCUUUGCCUGUACAAAUUGAAUGCAAAGAAAGCUAAAUUCUUACAUAUUCUCAUCGAACUUAGCUCUCUGCAUUCAUCCAUAUUUGGGCAUUUAUUUUUGGGCAUAGUGAAUAGAAGUUUACAUCAUGAUGUUGGGGUUAUAGGAGACUUUGAUAUUACUCUUUCUGAAGAUCAGUUUAUGCUGCUUUUACCUGCCUCUCUGUCAUAUUUGAGGUUAAUCUUUAAGAGAUUUGGGUAUCUGAAUCACGAAGAUUUUAAACAGAUACCUCAUUUCUAUUCAAAAAUUCUUUUAAAAGGUUUUAGUCAGUGGAAGAGUUUUUUGUCACAAGACAUAUUUGAGGAAGAGUAUGUAGCAUCUGUCCCAUCGUCUGUUCAAGAACUUCUCAGUCUUAUAAAUUGUAGUCUCCUUGGAAAGUCAAUUCAUAUGUUGCAGUAUCACUUUGCUCUUAAUGGAGAUUCACUGAAACUGAAGAAGCGGCUAAAUCUAUUCAAAUCAAUUUGCCCCAAAUCGGCCUCACAUGAUGAGCUGAUGGACUGUGACAGUCAAUUUAUUGAUAGUUAUUCUCUUGGCCAGUCUUUGAACAUAAUCAAUCGUGUUGUUGCAAAGAUUUCACUUUGUAAAAUGUUACUUUUUCAUAAAGAAGCGGGUGGGGAUUUGAAAGAGGUUGCUAUGGACAGGCGAAGCAAAUUGGAAGCAUCUAGGAUACAUUAUAUGAAUGUUUUGGUGGACAUUUGGCAGCUUAUUGUUCAGAAAUUUUCUUUAACCUCUGAUCAAUCUGGAACUGGGAAAAGCACAGACAUUUCAUUGCUUUAUAAUCACUUGGAGGUUUUUGUGUUAACAAAUAUUCUUGAGCUGGCUGUAGAGAUGCAAAAUGAUCUUAUUCAAUCACAAUCUAUUGCCUUCCUUGAGCAGUUAAUCAGAUCUGCUCUUCUCUAUAGGUUCAGUGAUUCGAUGACAAUGAAAACUCUCCAGGUAAUAGUAACUCGGCUUAAUGAGGGGGGUCUAUCGUAUGAUCUAUAUCUUCAGUUAUUACUUGCUCACUCUCAGUUUGCUCCCACUCUCCAUUCAGUGCGCAGACCAGCUGGUUCCUUUUUGAAGCCUGUAUCCAGCAUUCUGAAAUGUCUUGUCAUUCCUUCUCUUGACCAUUUUGAACAUGAUGGGAAGCAGAAGGAUCCAACAACCAAGUUCUCUAAAGGACCAUUGGAAAUUGUUAAAUUGCUUUGGAUACUCUUAUGGUCAAAGGCUCAUCAAACUGGUUUAGAUUCUCAAAAUGAGAUUGGCAUAAAUUUGAAAGAACUGCAUGCACUACUACAUCAUUCUUAUGGUGCGACACUCAGUGAGGUUGACUUGGCAAUAUACAAUGUGAUGAAACAAAUUGAGUCUGUGACUGGAUCAUGCCCUCAGAAUGUAGAGUUAAAUUCAGAAGCAAUUGAGGAAUGGACUAGAAGUCAGCAAAGGGACAACUUUCCGAUUGACCCAGACAUAUGUGUGUCAACUGUGCUCUAUUUUCCUUAUGACAGAAGUAUUUCAGAAGAAGUGCCAUCUGUAAACAAGAUUGAAACUGACAAUGUCAGGAAAAAGAUACAUUCUUCUCACGUUGAAGUUCGAGAACGUUAUGAUCCUGUAUUUAUCUUGCAAUUCUCAAUUCAUGGCCUGUCUAAAGCAUAUAUAGAGCCUGUGGAGUUUGCUGGAUCAGGGUUGCUUGCAAUUGCAUUUGUUAGCAUGUCUUCUCAUGAUCAUGGGAUACGAAGAUUAGCUUAUGGCACACUUGAUAAAUUUAAGAAUGCAUUAGAGAAGUGCCAAAAGAGGAAGGAUGUAAUGGGACUUCGGCUUCUAUUGAAUUCUGUUCAAAACAGUAUAGAAGAGCCAUGGCAAAGAAUCCCAUCGGUUAUUGCUUUGUUUGCUGCAGAGGCAUCUUGUGUAUUGUUAGAUUCAUCGCAUGAUCAUUAUGCAGCUAUAAGUACAUUCUUGAUACAGUCUUCUAAGUUGAAUAUGAAGGCUAUUCCUCUGUUUGAUAACUUUAUUUGGAGUUCAUCUAUCAAUUUCAAAGCAGAGAGAUCAUGGAUGCUUCGGCUAGUAUAUGCAGGGCUUAACUCAGAUGAUGAUGCCAUGAUAUAUAUUAGGAGCUCUGUUCUUGAGAGUCUAAUGAGCUUUUAUGUCUCUCCUCUCUCGGAUGUUGUAUCAAAGGACCUGAUCAUUGAAGUUAUAAAGAAAUCCAUUAAAGUGCAAAAGAUGGCUCGUCAUCUAGUGAAACAUUGUUCUUUAUUUUCAUGGUUAUCAUCUCUUAUCUCAGUUAAUAGAAGGGUUGGGCUUAAUGGAGAUGAAAAUAGAUUUUUCUUGAAGCAUGUAUUGGUAGUAUUGAAGGUUGUCAAUGAUGUAAUUUCAUCUGGAAACAUGUCCAAGUGGUUGCAAAAUCAUGGCCUUGAGCAGCUUACAGAGCUUUCAUCCAAUCUAUUCAGUUUUGUACUCCAUGAUGUGACAAUGGCAGAUGAAACUGUGGGAUUGGUUAAUCCUUUUCUAGAAAUGAUAGCAUGGGUGUUGAAAUUCUCUCAAAAAAGGAAAAUAUGUCAGCCACGUUUUUCCCUAUCAAUUGAGGGCUUAUAUCAGAUAUACCAGGCUGGCAGUGUGUGUAAUCAAGCUACAAAAAGCAUUAAUCCGGAGCUUGCUCUUGAGGCAAUACUAAUGAAUGCACCUCCUAACUCCAUUUUCUUAAUGGAUCCGGAAAGGCUUCACAACUUUAUUAUCUGGGCAAUUACUACUGCUUUAGCGUCAGAGUCUUCACAAAGGCUGAGGUCCAAUGAGUCUCGCAUUAUUGUCAAAAAUAAUUUAGGGGAAGAGUAUCACGAUGACUCGUUAGUGUCAAAAUUUUUACGUUGGUUAACAGCAUCGGUAAUCGUUGGGAAGCUUCAUCAGAAAUCCAAAGAUAUGUAUUCAAGGUUUGCUGAAACAAAUAAACUAGAAUCUCUGCAUUCUUUACUGGUGCACGUAGAAAAUACCUCAGAACGAGGACUUGAUAUUAACAUUGGUAGUGAGGAGUUGCUUGCUUCUACAAUUUUCUAUCUCCAACUGCUUCCUGGUAUAAAUCAGGAACUGCUACCAUCAGUUGUAUCUGCUCUCUGUUUUCUGACUUUUGGUGCUUCUAAUUUACCAGUGGAAAGAACUGAUUUGCUGCAAAGCUACAAUACUUUCUUCUCAUCAAACUGUUCAAGGGUACGAUGCCCUCCCGAAGCUAAUCCAGAAUGGAGAUGGUCCUUUUACCAGCCAAAGAAGGAUCAUUCACUGGAACUCACAGGUACAGAAAAUAUGGAGGAAUAUCAUUCUUGCCUAAAUCUGUUGGUGGUUGUUGCAAAUGUGCUUGGUGGAAAGAAAUUAGAGUCAGCUCGUUUGUCCCCUCUAGAUGUAGAGAUAUCUUCCUUAAUCCAAUGGGAAAGAAGUUUACUAAGAAACUGAAUGUUUAUAUAAGCUGAUUCUUUGUAUGUUGAAAGUGCACUGAUUAGUGGUAACAUAAUUUCAAAAAAUAGUGUGAUCACAGCCAUGCAUGUUUGUUAAGCAAUUUUGUUGGCACAUAAUGUUGAUCACAGCUAAUUUGUUUGUUUACCCGUCCGGGAAAAUUGUAUUAAAAAUAUGAUAAAAAAAUAUUUACAUUCAGUUUGAUCAAGAAAACUGUAAUACAUUAUAUACCUCGGUACAGUAUGUGUAUAUAAAAUAUCAGUGCUAUGAAUAACUUGGCUGAUAAUUUUUUCUAA